ACGCUGGAAUUGGAUAGCCACAGCCAUUAUGGAAGAUGUGCUGAGAUGUCAACAGAUUUGGUUGCUUAUGCGUUUAUAUCUCAUUAUUUCUGGCCUCAUUAUUACAACAUGAGUUACGUUCUCAAUGGGAUAGGGGCUUGAUGUUCUAUUGGACCUGCUAACUUCGCAACUAUAUAAACUCACAAACUUAUCAAUUGGACUAAAAACAGUAGUGGAAAGGGAUACAAAAGAAGAUUGAUCAUGGCUUCUUCAAUGAGGAUCUCAAGGCUACUCUCUCGUUCUAUUCUUCCUGCUUCCACUACUUUGUUUUCUAGAGGAGGGAGUGGUGCCCUUGGCACCCGGCUCAAUAAGUACAGCACUGCUGCUGCCAUUGAAGAACCAAUUAAACCAACAGUUAAAGUAGAACACAACCAGCUCCUAAUCGACGGAAAAUUCGUUGAUGCUGCUUCUGGCAAAACUUUUCCAACGAUCGAUCCAAGGACAGGAGAUUUGAUUUCUCAUGUUUCUGAGGGUGAUCAUGAAGAUGUUGAUCGCGCAGUCGCAGCUGCGCGCAAAGCCUUUGACCAUGGACCUUGGCCUAAGAUGACAGCCUAUGAAAGACAAAGGAUAUUGCUGCGUGCUGCUGAUCUGUUUGAAAAGCACAACGAUGAGCUUGCUGCACUUGAGACUUGGGAUAAUGGGAAGCCAUAUGAACAAUCUGCUAAAAUUGAAAUUCCAAUGCUGGUUCGCCUGUUUAGAUACUAUGCUGGUUGGGCAGAUAAGAUUCAUGGUCUCACAGUUCCAGCUGAUGGGCCAUAUCAUGUGCAGACAUUGCAUGAACCUAUUGGUGUUGCUGGUCAGAUCAUCCCAUGGAACUUCCCUCUACUGAUGUUUGCCUGGAAGGUUGGGCCAGCAUUGGCCUGUGGUAAUACCAUUGUUCUCAAAACAGCUGAGCAGACUCCGUUAUCUGCUUUGUAUGCAUCUAAGUUGCUUCAUGAGGCUGGACUUCCUCCUGGUGUUCUGAAUGUCAUAUCUGGCUUUGGUCCAACUGCUGGUGCUGCUAUUGCUAGUCACAUGGACAUAGAUAAGCUUGCUUUCACUGGUUCAACCAAAACUGGAAAAGUUGUCCUUGAACUGGCAGCUAGAAGUAAUCUUAAGCCUGUAACUUUGGAGCUUGGUGGGAAAUCCCCUUUUAUUGUGUGUGAAGAUGCUGAUGUAGAUGAGGCUGUUGAGCUAGCACACUUUGCAUUAUUCUUUAAUCAGGGGCAAUGCUGCUGUGCUGGGUCUAGAACAUUUGUACACGAACGUGUGUACGAUGAAUUUAUUGAGAAAGCGAAGGCACGUGCUUUGAAGCGUGUAGUUGGUGAUCCAUUCAAAGGGGGAAUAGAGCAAGGUCCUCAGAUUGAUUCAGAACAAUUUGAGAAAAUACUGAAGUAUAUUAGAUCUGGUAUUGAAAGUGGAGCUACACUUGAAGCUGGAGGAGAUAGAUUUGGCAAAUCUGGCUUCUAUAUUCAACCUACUGUAUUCUCAAAUGUCAAGGAUGACAUGCUGAUUGCAAAGGAAGAGAUCUUUGGCCCAGUGCAAUCCAUAUUAACAUUCAAGGACCUUGGUGAGGUGAUUCAAAGAGCAAAUAACACAAAAUAUGGGCUUGCAGCAGGGGUGUUCACAAAAAACAUUAACACAGCUAACACUUUGACACGAGCAUUGAGAGUUGGAACAGUGUGGGUGAACUCCUUUGAUACAUUUGAUGCAGCAAUUCCCUUUGGAGGGUACAAGAUGAGUGGCCACGGAAGAGAGAAAGGAGAAUACAGUCUCAAAAACUACUUGCAAGUGAAGGCUGUUGUUACAUCCUUGAACAACCCAGCUUGGCUUUGAACAUCAUUACCUUAAUUUGAUGAGAAGAUUAAUAAAUAGGAUCCAAUAAUUAAAUUGGAUUUAUUCCAUUCAUAAUAUUCUAUGCUAUGGUGCAAAGUUCAACUUAGAGGUGGAUUUCUGGCUGCGAUUAGAAUCAAAUUUGCAUAAUGAUGGAUGUAAAGCACGUACUACCUGUGUGAUUCAGCUAAUAACGAUUUAAUAUAUAGAGGAUAAAUUGGGAGAAAAAAAAAACUCAUAAGCUCUUGUCUUUGAUCCCAAUAUUGCAAUGUAGUGCAUAUUCUCUCCAUGAGACCCAAGGAGAAUAGUUGUAAUAUUGUUAUUAAAAACAUUAGAACCUUAAAUUUGUAAAAGUAUAUGAAUCAUAAACAUGGUUGCUAGGAACCAGAAGUUAAA